AGUGACGGACGGUGAGUAAAUUCCAAUCAGUCCAUCCACACCACACCACAGCGUACUAUUUUCCAUUCCAUCUUUAAACCCCAACUCAACCAAACCAAAUGAUAUCACUAAACCCCACACUUACGAAUGCUCUCUCUUUCCACCGAAUUCAUGAAUCUCUGCGCACCCCGAAAGCUCAUCGCCCAAUCCAAACUCGCGCGGCUGCCCAUGGGAUGGGAGGAGGUGCUGGGUCGGGUUUUCUGUCGGCAAUUGGGCGGGCCAUAGAGGAAGAAGAGUACCGAAAGGCCCGGGCUGAGGUCCACCGGAAAGGGUUCGAUUUGGAUAGGUACUCAAUUGAAGGGCUGUCGAUCGGAGGCCAUGAAACUUGCGUUAUCGUACCCGAAUUGAAGUCGGCCUUUGAUAUUGGGAGGUGCCCUUCGAGGGCUAUCCAGCAGAAUUUCUUGUUCAUCACCCAUGCUCACCUUGAUCAUAUUGGAGGACUGCCGAUGUACAUAGCUUCUCGUGGUCUUUACAGCUUAAAACCGCCUACUGUCUUUGUGCCUCCAUGCAUAAAGGAGGAUGUUGAACGGCUAAUUGAUAUUCAUAGUUCCAUGGGUCAGGUCGAACUGAACUUUGAUUUGAUAGCGCUUGAUAUAGGGGAAACAUAUGAAAUGAGGAAUGAUCUUGUUGUACGGCCGUUCAAAACACACCAUGUUAUAACUAGUCAGGGUUAUGUCAUUUACUCUGUCAGAAAGAAACUGAGAAAGCAAUACAUGCAUUUAAAAGGAAAACAAAUCGAGAAACUUAAAAAAUCUGGAGUUGAGAUAACUGAUACCAUAUUAUGUCCUGAGGUGGCCUUCACAGGAGACACAACGUCAGAUUUUUUCCUUGAUCCACACAGUGCGGAUGCAUUGCGGGCCAAAAUUCUCAUAACUGAGGCAACAUUUUUAGAUGAAAAUGUCAGUGUUGAGCACGCACGAGAACACGGGCAUACCCAUCUAUCCGAGAUCUUGGAGCACGCACAAUGGAUUCGGAACAAUACUGUCGUGUUGACUCAUUUCUCAUCUCGUUACCGUCUCGAGGACAUUCGGCAAGCUGUAGCAAAAUUACAGUCUAAGGUGUCUGCUAAAGUGGUUGGUCUAACUGAGGGAUUCAAGUCAAUGUAUACUUAGACCAUAUAAGGCAGCGCAGCCAAUUUUGUAAAAUAUUCUUAGUCGAUUAACUUUCUUAGGCUACAAUAUUUGAUGCUCAGGUGCCGCCUGGUUAAGAGCCCACAUGCGCAUGAACGUGUGUUGUAUUCGACGGUACAUGGUUCAUAGUAAUUAAUGAUUGCAUAGUUAAUUUAUCAAUGCAUCAUCUUUCCAUAUCCCAGAAAAUGUGAAUCGUUGUUUGCGUUGCAAAAGCUAUUGCAAAUGUGAAUCGUGG